UGCUCUGUCUGUGGAAAGCAAGGUUAAAUAACUUGCUCAUGAUUCUUUAAAGAUGGAGGAGCAGUAUGAAGGGUAUGCAGUUCUCUGCACAAAAUAAUAAGACAGUAUUUUCUCCCAGCUGACAAGCUCAAAGCUGCAUAUACUGCAAAUGUCACAGAAGUCAAAUAAGGUUAUCGGUUUUGAUUUUUACCAUAAUACUUUGGGCCACCUGCCCUUUUGCAUACAGAUACACAAUGGAGUUCUGGUAACAUUAGGUUUUAAAAAAGGAACAGUUGGCACAUCUCGUUAGCUGACCAGACAAAGUACAAGUGGAAGCAAAGUAAAUCAUUAGCUAGCUAGAUAAGCCUUGAACCAGAUCACUGCAGUAGAUGCUAACUUGGUAAUUCUCCCUUGUUCUGAAAUGAACUUUGUCCCUGUGAUGACUGACAGCUGAUGCAAUGAUAAGAGAAUGAAGUCUAUAAAAAUCGAGCUGACACUCAGAAGUUUUAUUCAGGACCUCUUCCGCCCAAGACUGGUCCUAUGCUCAAAGCAGCAGCCCAUAUUGUGACGAUGCACUGUUGGAAAGCCAUGGCUGUCUUUUUACUCUGUUCACUGCUGCUCAGCCAGACACGCUGCGCUUCCCUGCGCCAGCUGCAGCCCCGGCUAACCCGCCAGCGGCGGAUGACGCCCUUCUGGAGAGGAGUCGCGCUGAGACCCGUUGGUGCCUCAUGCAGAGAUAACAGCGAAUGCAUCACAAUGCUGUGCAGGAAAAACCGCUGUUUCCUUAGGACAGCCUACGAGUGACCUGUUGCUACAAGAACAUCUGUCCCUGUUACUGCUGAUGCUGCUCUGCUCUACUCGUGAAAUAUUUAUUAUUGACUGUUCAAAAGCCAGGGCACUGAAUCAACCAACUAAAUAUAUUCAACGCUGUGGUAUGAAAGGACUUCAAAAAGAGCUUGAGAGCAUGUGCUAACUCACGCUGCGCCUCUGUAGCACCCACCGCAGGAUGACUCUUUUGCCAGGCUCAAUAAAAGGACUCUGCAUCUCA